GGCAGCAUGACUGAGAUAGAUUCUACAGGGAAUAAGACUGCUGCAGGAUGAUCAAACUUUUCUACCUUUUUUUAACUUUUGUACCUUUUUUUUUCCUGUUGUUUUUUAACGCUGAUCAACAGGAAUUCGGCUACGCUAGGUUUCCUUCCAGAUAAAUGGCUGAAACAGCUUUGACGCUUUCUACCUUAUUUUUCCUGUCUGAAGAGCCGGUACUCUCGUUUGCGCUCAAGUAGCUGGGCUAGUGGCCCACUCAUCAUCUCCGCAUCGCGGUAACAUCAUCGAACCGAAAAUACAUAUUUGCGUCAUGGAUCGAAUUAGAUUGGGAACCAGCAGGCUUGGGUUGUUAGGGCUACCAUCGUUUGUGUCUUGACGCCCCCAAAGUCCAUCGUCACAUUUGGCAGACCCAGCAAUGAUCGUAAGAUAGCCUUUCUGGAGGCGGAGUAGCCUUGCUGUAUGCUGUUCAGGAGGUCAUAGUCGGCGACUGUUGGGCACCGAGCCUGGUUGUAGAUACCUUAUACAUGAUAGCGCUUCCUGUCUUAAAGUUCUCGGCUGUAUCAUUCAAAGCGCUCGUCAAGCUAUCGAAUAAAUUGCCUUCGAUGAUUAUGGUUACCCAAUACUCUGCUUGGCACACUAAAGUCCUGACGGAUUCAGCGGUGCUGAAUGUGACGGUGGCUUCGAAUUCGAUGAGAGCAAAUAAUUCAAUCUGAGACCAGUCGCGGCUUGUCUGACAGCAGCUCCCACGGAGCCUCCAUCAUAAUAAACGAGAAGCAUCUUGAGGAAUAAGGACAUGGUAUCUGCCGGACUGGGCAUAGGAAGUUCCAAAGAGGUAGGACUUGGGCCCUUACUUUAAGAACAGAGUCGGAGCGAAGCUUGUAUCUCUGGAAGAAUUGUCGCUUUCCAUCGAGGCUGCCACUGAGAUAGUGUCACCCUUCGUGGUUUUGGGCCAGCUGUUUGAAGCGUCCACAGUCGUAGCGGCACGUUUCCGAACAAGGGACGGUUUGGAUCUUGGUGUGUGUUCACUUGGGGAAAUAAUUCGACCCUCAAGAUUCGGGCUGAUUUAUAAAUACUCGUGUACGAGGGCCUGUGAGACUAGAAUCGACUUCUGCUGCAUUCCG